AUGUCACAAGUAUCAUCGCGGGCCCGUCCAGACCUUGAUUUCUGGGAGUUCGUCCAUUGUUGCAAAUGCCAUCAGUCUUUCAUCUCAAACUCUGGGGGAUCACCCUCGGUGCCUUUCUGGCUCACGGAAUGUGGCCAUGUGAUCUGCAACAUCCAUUUGAAUGCAGAUCAAAGCUGUGCACAAUGCGGAGAGCAGGGAAUUCAAUUGAUCCCACUGCAACGAGAGAUGGAUGCUCCGAUGUCAGAUUGGUUCCGGUCAGUCCCGCAAGCGUUUGACACAGUCGCGUACGGUGCGAAGUUCCAGAUGGAGACUAUGGCAUCUUUAGUGCGAUACUAUAGGGACAAGUACACGGCGCAGCGCGCACUGAUUGAUCGUCUGAAGGGCGAGCAUCUCGAGAACAAAGUGUUCAAGAAGACCGUCCAGGAUCUUCACGCCGAGAUCGCGCAACUACGGCAGUAUCUGGGAUAUGCUCAAGAAGCGCCUCAUGAGAUAAAUAUGAAUGGAAAACGACCAAGAGUCGAGAAUCAUCGGGUUCCAUCUGGCAGUCGGACGAACUCCAGCCCUCGUUCUAUCAUCACUCCCGUUGGACCCAACCGACUGACGCUCGGCCCAGACCGACAACAACCCAGUUUCAGCCAACAAUCACACCCCUCGCACGAAGAUGACGAAUUCGCACGACCUCGGGCAUUCCAAAGUAGCAGUCGGAAUGCCAACGCUUAUUCCCAAGAAACAGAUAGGCCUGGAUCGAGUCGGUUCAUACGACAAUAUGCAUAUGUUCCACCACAUACUCCUCAAUCUCAAGGCAUUCUUCCGCCGGUGCUCUCUCAUGCUCAGGCGGCUCCCGCAAGGCGAGCGGCAGCUCGUCAAUCGCAAGGUCAGUCGCGUGAGCCGGGAUCGGGCCAGACGCAUACACCCAUGAUGGCAGCUCCAGAAGCCGGUCGUGAUCCUCGUCUCCAACGUUCCAUGGCUAGUGCACUCCUGGCGGAAAUGGAGCAGAGCACUCAUCGCACUCGAAGUCAACUGCAGAUGCCCCCGCCUCCUACACCGCAGCUUCGCAGAGAAACUGUGCCUCAAAGGACACAUCAGCUCCCUGCCUCUUCCGCGGGUCCCUCGCAGCGGUUUAUGUCAGCAACGCCUAGCAGAAGCUCUGGGAAUUUCUUGCCGCCGCGAACAUCUCAGUCUCAGUCACAAUCUCAGCGUUUCUUCUCCUCUGGGUCAAUAUCAAUGGCGCAGUCCACGUCGACGUCGGGGGGUCAGCGGAUGCCGUUCUUGCCUGGUCCUUAG